CCCUUGUAGUAAACGCGCCAACCUGACAUGUCGAACUGUCAAUCUGGAUGCAAUUGCAGAAAGUUUCUUUCCUCCAAAGCAAACGGUAGGCGGAAGGAAUUUGUGUGUUGUUAUUUCGACGUAAUCUUAACAAUUGCUUGCUAAAUAAAUUUUCCAAGCACACGAACGGGGAAUUAACGGAAACAAAAACCACGUUAAGUGCGUGAAAACGAACCAAGGGAAACGGCCGUGCUAGUGUUCCGAUACGAUAGCCCAUUUGUAGUUCCGCCAAAGUCGCUCAGAAUCUGCAGCUUUCACUUGGAACAGAACCAACACAAUGACUCAGUGUGUGCUAUAGGUGCCCCAAAAACCCAUCGCGACAUUUAAAGCGUAUAUACAAGCGAAAGUUUUGCGAACCCAUUCGUAACCAUCUGGAAGGGGGCGGAUUCCCAAGUAUCGAACCGGACCGACGGUGUGGUAGAAUAGACAUCCGAAUAUAGCAAUCAGCGGCAAGUGGGAAAGAAGAUGAGUUACGCAUCAUUCGACAAUAAUGCCACCACGGGCAAUUCGAACAUUACCAAUGAGGCGGAUUUUCAGAAAACGGCCCAAAUUGUGGUGGCCAGCAUCCAGAAGAUCCUGCAAAAUGUUUCGUCAAUGCAACGUAUGGUUAACCAGUUUGGCACGGCACAGGAUUCGCCAGAGCUCAAACAACAGCUCCAUCAAAUACGAUCCUACACACAGCAAUUGAUAAACGACACGACGAACCAGCUGAAUGAUUUGGUUAACUGCAAGGAACGCCACUUGAAGAUCCAGCGCGACCGAUUGGUAGAUGAAUUUUCGAGCGCCCUGAACGCGUUUCAGGCGGUACAGCGGAAGACGGUCGAUCUGGAAAAGAAUGCCAUCCGGCAGGCGAGGCAAGCAAGUGGGGCUGCAAUGGCCCUCAACAAACCUCCCGGUUCGCAUCACUCGAGCAUGGGCUCGAACUAUAACAACACGUCCAACAGUGGUGGAUCGAUGUUUGAGGAUAACUUUAUUACCGGAUCCAGGGGACAAACGCAGGAGCAGCUGCAGGAGGAGAUCGAUUUGCAGGCGCUAGAGGAUCAGGAACGGACCAUCCGUGAGCUGGAGGAAAAUAUUGUUAGUGUUAAUGAAAUUUACAAAAAGCUUGGCGCACUGGUGUACGAACAAAGCCACCAGGUGGAUUCGAUUGAAGCAUCGGUCGAGCAGACGAGUGUCUUCGUAUCGGAAGGUGUGCAGCAGCUUAAACAGGCCAGCCAUUAUCAGAACAAAGCGCGCAAGAAGAAGCUCAUUCUUGCGCUGAUAGCAGCCGCAAUACUAGCGUUCAUAAUUCUCAUCAUUGUUCUAAAACGUUAAUGAUGGAAAAAAGGAAACAAAAUAUGACGAGAAUCUACGUUACACAUACAUACCUAUAGAACGAAAACGUUUACAAAGAAGCGAUAUGGAGGGACGUCACACAAUCCAAAGCUGUAGAGCAAUGUGCAAUGUGUUUUGUGUUUAAAUUAUUUAAAUUAUCUUUUUGAAGCGUGUACUCGUAAAAUAAUCAGCCAGCCAGCACGCUCGCACCUGCAUUGGUCGCUCUUCAUUUCAGUUUCUGCGCCUUGCGAUAGGAUCGAUUACGACGGUAGUAAUAAAACACUUGGCAAGAAGCAAAAAGUCACAACCACCACCGCCCCUUAACAAGCAUUCCAUUUCGCGGAUUGAACGGAAGACAGGAUGUUGUAAGAUAGUGAUGGGUGUUUUAACCAAACCCCCAAUUUUGGUGCGUUGAAUGUAAGAAUGAUUGUAGAAUCACAUUGCCCACGAUUUAAUGAUAUUAUGCUCUACUUUUUUGAUGCUUACUCUGAAAUAUAUAUUCUUGUAUAUGUAUAGUUUACAGCAGAUGCUGGUGUAUGCACCUAGUGUUCUCCGUAUCAUUUGCUUUUACUGUAACAAACCACCAAACCAAUCAAUUGUAUUAGUACUAUUCCCUUUUGUUUCGUUCUUGUGUAUGUGAUAAUCUAAUUUCUUAUGAGUCAUACACAACAUUGGAUGUUGGCAAGCAAUUGGUCCAGCAAGGUAUGAUAAGACGAACAUUAAACGUUGAUCGUUGGACUUAUGAAAUCAUGGGAAACAUUAUUAUACUAAUGGCGAAAAAUCAAGCACACAAGUUGAAACGUUAAGUAACGUAUAUUUCGACUGUGAUACAACGGAUUGACAACGGAACAAAAGGCGCAUAGUUUGGGAUAUUUUAGAGAAAACAAAAGAUGAAGAAAAACACAUACUAAAUAUAAAGCGAAAACAUAAGAGAACACAAAUCCAAAAUAGCGAUUGUGGAGCGUCAUUUUUGUUUUUCUCAGAGCUUUUAUUAAUUUUAUUUUUAACUUAUAUGUAAAUGUGACACACUAUAGGAAGAUGAUGCAAAGUUAAUCAAUAAACGGUACAUGUUCUUCUCAGCA